AAACACGUCACGAUCCGCGAGGUUUCCCCACCACUCACCUCGUUCCCUCGUAGCGCUCACUCGUACCACACGCGGUCGCAAUGCACAACCUCCUACCAUGGAGAAACAUUUUCCUCCUUUUCGCCAUACUCAUUCUCCUUGUUGGACUACUCUUAGCAGGUUUCUUUUUACUUGCACGUCACUACCUGCGCUUAACCAAUCCUUCACGUCGGCGGGCCCUUCUUGAUGACCUCGCCAAGAGUGUAGGUGGCGGGUCAGCCGAGAGAUUAUCACUUGAAAGGAAGAAGCUUGUUGGAUUCUUUCACCCUUACUGCAACGCUGGUGGAGGUGGAGAGCGCGUGUUGUGGUGUGCAGUUUCAUACAUGCAGGAAAACGAAUCGGAUGUCAUUUCCGUAGUGUAUACUGGUGACGUUGACGCAACCAAGGAAGAGAUCAUAACGAAAGUGCAGGAGCGCUUUGGCAUACCGUUGGACCCGGCAUCUCUAGCAUUUGUGUAUCUGCCCUCACGACACCUCGUCGAUGGCAUCUCCUGGAAACGCUUUACCCUCCUCGGCCAGAGCUUAGGAUCCAUGUGGCUAGCAUGGGAAGCCUUGGAUCGUAUAGUUCCAGACGCAUUUAUCGACACGAUGGGCUAUGCCUUCACUUAUCCUCUCAUCCGCGCUUUAAGACUAACACCUCCGCAUCUGAGUCGCCCCUCCUCUCCUCGCUCAUCCUCAACCAACGUUAGGGCCCUAGCAUCUGAACCGUCCGUACACCGCAUUCCCAUUGCAGCCUAUGUACAUUAUCCAACGAUCAGCACGAAUAUGCUCCGCCGCGUCCAGAAUCAGGAGACGGGUGUUACGAAUGAUGCUUCUGUCUCCGGAAGCUUAUGGAAAACAACGGUUAAGAUAUGGUACUAUCGCCUCUUUGCAAUGGCGUAUUCCCAUUCAUUGUCGCAAGCCGAUCGAAUAGUUGCCAAUGGGACUUGGACAAAGAAUCAUAUUGAUAGCCUUCUUGCGCGCCCCGCUAAGAAACUUGAGACAAAGCAGGGUUCAGAUGAUGGUGUCAAGAUCAUAUUCCCCCCUUGCGACACCGAAGCUCUGCAGUCUUUGGACGUUAGCGAGUACAGAGAACGCGUGAUUUUGAGUGUGGCUCAAUUCCGACCAGAGAAAAAUCAAUCCGCUCAGCUACAUGCACUGCGUGAUCUUCUGGAGCAGUAUCCAGAGUAUCGUACUGGCAGCGUAACUUCACACACUUCACACAAGAGGUUGUCAACCUCGUCAUCGGGGGGUUCAUCACCUUUGUUGAAGCACCGACAACUCAGCUUUCCCCGAAGAUCGAGAGAUACUGGACCAUUGCGACUGGUUUUACUGGGAAGCGUGAGAAAUCCUGAAGAUGAAGGUCGAGUCGACGCUCUGAAGGAACUUGCCAAGGCACUGGGCGUAGAGGAUCAUGUGGAGUUUGUAUUAAACGCUUCUUAUGAUGAGCUCCUUUCGUGGCUUGGGCGUGCCUCGGUUGGCGUGAGUUCAAUGAUCGACGAACAUUUCGGGAUCAACGUUGUCGAGUUUAUGGCUGCAGGAUUAAUACCUGUUUCACAUGCAUCGGGCGGGCCACUUUUAGACAUCAUCAAGCCUCCAUCGCACGCUUCUGAUUCACGCACUGGUUUCCUGUACACAUCAUCGACGUCCUCCGGGACAGAAGCUGAAGGAACAUUAUCAUUUCCUGAGGCCCUCCAUGCGGCCUUAUCCCUGUCUCCUGAAGAGGAAUAUUCCAUGCGAUUACAGGCUCGGGAGAGGAGUCGAAUGUUUGGUGUGAGGGAAUUCGAGCAGAGAUGGGCGGAUGAGCUAUGGAAUGGCUUACUGUCUGGGUAGGCUGCCUUUUAUCUCACUGUGUGUGUUUGUGCCAUGCUGGACGUCCGGUUCGUCCAUUCCAACAGUUUUUUUUUUUUCCCCUUUCGUUGGAGUAUUCCUUUCGGCCCAUCUUUCUCUCGCAUCGCGCAAUUACUCCCUCAUAAUACUCUGUAUACCCAUUUCGAUUAUUCUCGACUAUCCCAUGUUUACGACCCCACAUGUAGCUCACAUUUCCGCGUACGUUAACUUGCUGUUUAGUGCCUGUCUUUGUUCACCGGAACGAUAUUUUUUUUUUCCCUUCACCUUCGACUCGUAGCCCGAGGCCUGCACCUUUGCCCAGAUGGGGCGUCUGGUAACGCGCUGUUCUGCGGUUCGAGUCCAACUUUUAGCCACCCCGAAUUUUCAACAAGGC